UAUUUAUUGCCUUAUUUAUUAUUAUUAAUUAUUUCUUUUUGUACUUCACAGUUCGUUGCUUUGCAUACUGGUUGAACACCCAGGUUGGUAAUGUCUUUCAUUUAAUCAAAUAGAAUUAUUGAUUCUAUUAAGGAUGUAAUGUUCACACUUUAUAAAGGACCGUUGAGGACUCUCUUGGAAUAUGGUGAGCAGGUUGGGGCCUCUAUCUAGAAAGCAGGUGCUGAAACUGGAGAGGGUUUAAAGGAGGUACACGAAAAUGAUUCCAGGAUUAAACAGCUUCUCAUAUGAAGAGCAUUUGUUGGCUCUGGAGCUGUAUUCACUGGAAUUCAGAAGAAUGAGGGGUGACCUCAUUGAAACCUAUCGAAAGGUGAAAGGUUCAGACCAUAAGACAUAGAAACAGAAGUAGGUUAUUCGGCCCAUCAAGUCCGCUACACCAUUUCAUCAUGGCUGAUCCCCGACCCCAUACUCCUGCCCUUUCACCAUAUUCCUUGAUGCCCCAACUAAUCAGGAAUGUAUCAACUUCCACUUUGAAUAUACUCACAGAUUUGCCUCCACCGUAGUCUGUGGCAGAUCAUUUCACAGAUUCACGAUCUUUGGCUAAAAAAAAUCCUCCUUACUUCUGUUCUGCAGGGCAGCCCCUAAAUUUGCAGGUUGUGCCCUCUAUUUCUGGAUACCCCCACCAGAGGAAACAUUCUCUCCAUAUCCACCUUAUCCAGCGGACUCGAUGGCCUAAUUCUGCUCCUAUAUCUUAUGUCUUACUCUCUUAUGGAUUUAUUGAGUAUGCUGGCAAGAAAAGAAUUCUCGGUUUGUUUCUGAUGACACCCGUACGUUUGUAAUACAUUUACUUUGACCGAGUGGUCUUUCUGCAAGACGCUGGCUGCUCUGCCGCACAGUAAUAGAGCAUUCAGCACACCCCGUUUAGUGGAUGCUGCCACGCUCGCCACCUCUCACUUCCCGACUGAGGGCAACGUGAAAACUUCCGUGGUGAAACAGUCAGAAUACAGACUGGGGUGGGGGGAGGCAGCCGGCAGCAGUUACAGUGAAGUCUCAGGUGAAGGCCGGGCGGGGGGUCAUUGUCCAAGAGGCCGAGACUGGGCCCAGGACCCGCCUGUCCCCCGUUCCCCCAUGGAUCAACUUGCGAGAAAGUUGGGAAAAGUUUCACGAAGCUGCCGCGGGACGCCAGGGAGGAGGUGUUGGUGCUGGGAGAGGCCGGAGGCGGAGCCGAACUCCGCUCCGAUGGAGCUCCUCUUACCACACCCUCCCCAGGCGCGGCUCUCGCCGGAUGUGCGACCUCUUCCCGGCUCCGGUGAGCAGAUUUCCAGCACUGUGUGGCCCGAGCUGGUCCGGCUGUCCUGGGGGAGGGUCAGCACUGCGCCCGAUCGGCCUGAGUAGAAGCUCGCCGGGAUCCAGGGCUGCCUCUGCUGCCAACUGAGUAAUGGCUCACCGCUCACAGUGCUCGUCGUUUGGAGAUGUGGACCAGGACCCCGGACAUGUUCCACCCCACUAUAAGGAGUAUUACCGAAUCGCCAUUGAUAUCCUGGCUGAGGAGGGCAUUGACGCCUACUAUCGCUUCCUGGCAGCUGAGCAGGAGGUGGACUUUCUCAACAGCACUGAAAUUGAACACAUUAACAAGCACCUCAAGAAGCCUGUGGUCCCCCUCGACUGCUUGGAGUACAACCCCAGCACCUAUGAGGACUCGGACUCAUCGGGCACCUAUUGGCCCAUGCACACGGACAUUGCCGCCCCUGUCCUGGAUCUGGGCUGGCCCAGCGUCCACAGCUUCCGGGGGCCGUCUGACGUCACCAUCUUUGUGCACCCUCCCGCCCCCGACGCCCUCAGCAUCAAGGAUGAGGUGCGACGGUUGAUCCGCUCUGCCACGCAGGUUAUUGCCAUAGUGAUGGAUGUUUUCACCGACAUUGAUCUGUUUGAGGAGGUGUUAGAGGCUGCGAGCCGUGGGAUCGCUGUCUACCUUCUCCUGGACGAGAUGCUCUCUCACCACUUCCUGGACAUGGUCAAGAAGUGUCAAGUGAACUUGAGCCACGUACACUUCCUGCGGGUGAGGACUUUGGUUGGAUCUACCUACCUCUGUCGCUCCGGUAUAUCGUUCACUGGAAAUCUGAUCGAGCGCUUUCUGCUGGUCGACAGUAAUGCCGUCCUCUGCGGCUCCUACAGUUUCAUGUGGUCCUUUGAGAAGAUUCACCGGAGUAUCGUGCAGCGGUUUCAGGGAGAGCUGGUGGCCAUUUUUGACGAGGAGUUCCGGAUUCUGUAUGCCCAGUCACGCCCUCUUCUCGGAUUGGAGUACCCAGAGCCAGCCAUGGAGAACUACUACAGUGUGGCCCGGUUCCAGCAUGGUGGUAGGCCCCAGCCUAAACCAGGCCACAUCCAUCGUCAACAGGAGGACAUUCUCUCCCAGCAUUCCAGCCACUCCUGGGCAGAGCCUGACCUCGACGCCGACCGCCUGGCCCUUAUGUUCAGGCAGGAUGGUGAGGAGAGGCGAUUCAUGGAGGGGGUGGGCAUCAGAGGCUAUGCCCAACAGCUCUGCCACUUUCAGCAGGACCACACUUCCAGCGCCAUGCUCAGGGCCAAGCGGUUAGAGAUGAGCUCAUUUAAGCGGAGAAGCUACGCUGAGGGCACUGGGGAUUGUUACGGGGCCAGUGGGUAUCGGUAUGGCCGCAUUGCCCAGCACUACGACGAGCUGGACGUCAGGUCAGAACAUCUGUUUCGGGAGAAGCCUUUCCCCCUGGAGCCCGGUCUGAUGAGAGAGAGGUUUAACUCUUUCAAUGCCAAGCUCGGUGUACUCGACCGCUUAAGGCAGAGCCGCGAGGACUUGCAUCUGUCCAACGAGCACCUGCACCACAUGCGGCAUGGGUACCAGCAGAGAAAUUUUGAGGAGGCCUUCCUGUCCGGCUACCCGCUGCAGCCUCCACUGGUGAGCUACGAGCACUCUGGUUCCUCCAAGGAUGUCCGGCACGGCUCCGAGCUGGAUCUGGAGAGCGAAGGGAGGCUGGGUCUCAAGGCCCCGAAGCGGCCCAACAUUGGCCAGUCCUACGCCUGCCAGAAGUCUCCCACACAGAAGCAGGUGCUGGACCCACGGAGCCUCUUCCAGGAGUCAGGCCUGGGACGCAAGUCCGAGGACCAGCCCACCAAGCUGGGGCUGAGGAAGUGGAGGCUGGGCUCCUACCUCAGCGAUCACCCAGGGGUGCCAGAGGAGGACACGUCAGCUGCCGGUGAGGUGCCUGCCGGCUCUGGGAAGGAAGGGGAUCCCUGUGAGAGCACCCUGAUUCGGGACCUGCCGCAGUUCACCAGUUAUAAGCAUCUUGACCUGUACAGCAAGCUGCAGAAGGUGGACUCGGCCGAGGACCUGUCCUCAGACCAGGGUAAUGGCGAGCAGAUUAGGAAGCUUGCAAAGCAUGCCUCUCUGCGCAGUAAGCUGAACCCCCUACAACAGAGGGGCUCCAGGCUGAGAUCAUCCCUCAUCUUCAACUCCACAAAGCUCGAACAGCACGUUGGCCAGAAGGGACGCAGGGUGCUGAGCAUCCGGGAGCAGCUCCAGACAGGCGAGGUGAAGGAAUCAAAGGAGCAGGAACAGCCCGGGGCCAUGGAGGCUGAAGGGACGGGUAUCACGGACCACCAGCCGGCGGCUGGCCGUACCGUGCCUGACGAGACGGCCGCACCCUCGCGUACAGAACCCGAUGCACUGCCCUUGCCUAACCCAGAGCCCAAGCAGGAGCCAGCACAGCAGCAGGAAGUCAGUCCGAAGCCCCGUCAGAAGCUGUUGAAGUUGGACCUCCAGCUCAGCCAGAAGGUCCAAGAUGCCCUCAACAAGAUGACGCAGCGCUCGAUCACCCCCAGAACCGCAGGACCGCUGCAACCUGACAAACAUCUGGAGCCUCCUGUGGAAAUGCCUCCAGUUCUGCAGCCGCGUCCUGACCCGGCUUUGAAGCCCGGUGUCCAACCCUCGGAGCUGGAUGCUACACCCCCUCCCCCUCCCCCUGCGGAGGGUACCAGCAGCGGCAGCCCAGCCAAGGUGAAGUUGCACUCUCACGCAGUGGAGAACGGCGAAGAGGCAGGAGGGGCCGCGUCUGAUUCCCAAACCACACCCAAGGCAUCUCCCGAAGAGCAGAGGCUUCCCCACCACCCUGGAGACAGAAAGACGAAAGAAUCGCCCAUUAGCCCAGGACAGAGACCGUCUGCUGUCGCCUCCACCGAGAGUGAGAAGGGUCCUGAGAAAACUCUAAUGAGUAACCACAACGAGGCUGUAGAGAGAGAGGAGAAGCCACACCGAUCUCCUAUCCACCCCGUCCCAGCCAAGGCCACUUCAACAUCCCAGGGCGGAUGGUACUCAAACACCACAUCCAACGUCAUCUACAGCAGCAACCUCCGCGAUGACACCAAGGUAAUUUUGGAGCAGAUCUCGGCCAACAGCCAGAAGAACCGAGCUGAGAACGCCAAGGCGCAGCUCGCCCCGGCCAAUGAGGCCGACGACUUGAAAGCUACAGCCGACGCGGAGAAAACAGAUGCCGGAAAGAAGCUGGGCUUCCACAGUCUGAUGACACACAAAGGGAGUGUGCCAAACCCUCCGGAUCACACAGACCCUCUGAUAAAGAAGAUGGACAGCUUCCGAAAGGAGAGACGGGUGUACAGCCGAUUUGAGGUCUUCUACAAGAAAGAUGAGCCUCUGAAAACCGAGGGGGACCCUUUGGGCCAGCAAGACUCCAAGGGUGUGGACGGAGCCGACAAAAAGAAGACGACCAAGUUCAUUCCCAGGUUCCUGGGGACGCUUCGAAAGUUCUAAUGCUGUUCCAUCCCACCUCUAAAGCACUGAGGAAUUGUCUUGAGCUGCAGACUGCUGAGUUUGACUUUCACUGGACGGUUCCAGCAACUGCGAUACAGAUGACCAAGCUAAAGCUGCUUUAUGUCCAGGAGCAUGGUCUGCAGGGCUCUUAGUCUUCGUCGUGCAGUCUCUGCAGAACCAAGCCAGCUGGUUUAAGCUCCCACAUGACUGGUCACUGUUUACAGCAGAUGAGAACCCAGGCCAUUUAUCGGGCAGUCUGUGGCAGACUGGCAGUGGGCAAGGGAGAGGGUUUACGACGCAGGGCGCCACUGCACUGACACAAUUUCACAGUGGUGAGAGACCAAAGACUAGGUAGAAGAAACAGAGGAUGUGAAAUGGCUGCAGAAUGAUGAGUGCUCACUGCCUUUGGGACGAUAAUACUUAUGCAGGAGUUGGUUUACGGAGGAAGGGGGUGUUGCUUUGCCCCAUCUUUUACCUGUGUCCAUUUUUAUUCAAAUUGCUUUGUGAUGUCUAUGCUGCAGAUUGCGAGCUCAGCGGCUGAUUGUAUGAUAGCCACGUGUUUUAUUUUCUACAUUGAAGUCUGUGUGAAGAGGGAAGGGUAUGCUUGGAACUCCCGAACCCAGAAUCUAAGUGCCACCUCUCCAGUUUUGGAUAAGGCCCCCAGAGGAGGUCAGCUCUGCUCAGCUUAAACCUGGCACAGCACACCAGAGCAACAGGCCCUUUGGCCCACCGUCUCUGUGAUGCUAAAUUUAACUGGACACCUGCCUGAUCGUGGUUCAUAACUCUCCAUUAGCUUGCCAGCUGUAGUUUGUCCAACCUCUUGUUAAGCUUCGAAUCCAGGCAGCAACCUGGUGAAACCCCUCUGCACCUCUCCAAAACCUUCAUGUCCUUCCUGCGAUUGGGUGACCAGAACUGCACACAAUACUCCAGGUGUGGCUUAAACCAAAAUGUCAUAAAACUGAAAAAUUAUUUCCUGAUUUUUAUAAGCAGUUCUGCAGCUGCUGGAGAUAAGCGUGUUUACGUGCCGUUCAGGCAGGAGGCUACGAUGGUAAGGUCAUGGGACCUAGGAGCUAUUUGGCACAUCAAGUUGUUCUGCCGUUUGAUUGCAGCUGAUUUAUUAACCCUCUCAGUCCCAUUCUCCUGCUUUCUCCUUGUAAUGUUUGAGACCCUGAUUAAUCCUAUAAACCACUGCUUUAAAUAUACCCAAUGACUUGGCCUUCACAGCCAUCUGAGGCAAUGAAUUCCACAGAUUCACCACCCUCUGGCUGAAGAUAUCCCUCCUCAUCUCUGUUCUAAAGGGACGUCCCUCUAUUCUGAGUCUGUGCUGUCUGGUCCUAGACUCCCUCAUAGGAAACUAUGAGGUCCUCUCCAUGUUUACUCUACACAUUCUAAUAUUGGUUGAGUUUUAAUGAGAUUCUUCCCCCUCCCCCCCCCACCACUGCCCAUUUUUGUAAACUUAGCGAGUACAGGCCAUCAAAUGCCCCUCGUGCACAAACCCUUUCAUUCCCGGAAUGAUAGAGAAAGGCAUUUAGCUACAAACAGAGAAAAUUCUGGAAACACUCAACGUGUCAGGUAGUAUCUGUGGCAAGUGGAGUCACGGACGAGUCAAGCACAGAAAGGGCUUUCAGACCACUGUGCAUACGUCAGCCUUUGUGUCCAUCUUCACCAAUCACAGUUCUCCACAUUAGAGCCACUUCCUUCCAUUCCUUGUAUAUUUGUCUGUCUAAAUGCUUCAAAUGUAGUGACAAUCAGAUUCCACUGCCUUCCCGGACAAUGAGUUCCAGAUUCCCCAGUGUAACAGGCAGCAGGGUUUGACAGAUUCCCCAGCGUAACAGGGAGCAGGGUUUGACAGAUACCCCAGUGUAACAGGCAGCAGGGUUUGACAGAUUCCCCAGCGUAACAGGGAGCAGGGUUUGACAGAUUCCCCAGUGUAACAGGGAGCAGGGUUUGACAGAUUCCCCAGUGUAACAGGGAGCAGGGUUUGACAGAUUCCCCAGCGUAACAGGGAGCAGGGUUUGACAGAUUCCCCAGCGUAACAGGGAGCAGGGUUUGACAGAUUCCCCAGCGUAACAGCCAGCAGGGUUUUACAGAUUCUGCAGUAUAGCUGCAGAAGUGUGUGAACUGCUGAUAUUUUCAGGUAUUUAUAAAUGCUUCUUGUUAUAUGAAAAUGUUAUCCAUUGUUGCAUCAUGAAAUUGUGUUUUUACGGUGUAUAUAUAAGCUGUAAUUAAUGCUAACUCACCUCUCUGAAGAAUUAGUGCAUUGUUCCCUGAAUUUUUUUAUGACUGAUUUUAGAAUCAAGAUAUUUCAGCCUUUUCUUUACUAAUAUUCAGAUGUUUAUUUUGGGCUCUGUAAAGUGUUGGGUAAUAAACAAAAGG